CUUCAUUUCGCCCUAACACUUUCUACUCAUAAGUUAAAUCUUCUUUUCUCUUCGCCUGCUGCUCAUACACCUUUUCACCGCUUUGAGUAUCUGGACAAGAUCACAGUUUACUAUCACGAAGAAAGUCUAUAGUUGAAUCUAGUUCUACAUCUGAACGUCAGACACUGCGCACGAUGGCCGCAAUCAUGGCGUCUUCCACCUUCGCUACAGCAGGACUCAGGAGUGCUCCUCUGUCGUCGAGUUUAAAAAGAUCUUCCUCGUGCCAGUCCAGCUUCGGCACCGUGAGGACACCUUUGGCCCCGGGCAGAUGGACUUCAAUCAGAUGCGAAGGGAUCAGGGAGGCUGUGGACAAGACCACGAAGAAGGAAAUUACCAGAGAAGAGAUUUUGCAGAACCAAGAAGUUAAUGAGUCCGAGAAGCAGUCGGUGUUCGGUGCCAAGCCCACAUCCGGCUCCUUCUACCCUCGCCCGGAGGUCGAAAGGCGUCCGGAAACCGGUGACAAGAGCCUUGACAGCAUCUUCGCGUUUGAUGGAGCCGCACCUGAAACCAUCAAUGGCCGACUGGCGAUGGUCGGAAUUGUGUGGGCUGCUCUGGCGGAGAAGAUGAGCGGUCUGACGGUGUUCGAUCAGCUGUACACGCAAGGAACCGGGCUGGUGUUCUACGUGGCGCUGGUGCCGCUGAUCGCCUACGCGUCCAUAGUGCCCAUGCUGAACGGCGAGUCGACAGAUGCUCGAAGCUUCGGGCCGUUCACGGCCAGGGCCGAGCGCUGGAACGGGCGCCUGGCCAUGCUCGGCUUCCUGUCGCUGCUGCUGACGGAGAGCUACAUCCACGCGCCCGUCUUCCGCACAUUCUUCUAGAUGCCUGGAUGACGAUGACGCAAAUCUUGUUUAUCAUAGCGGAUGAUUGUACAUUAAUAGGCUGUACAUUACCAAUCUUUCAAUUCAGAUUAGCACACUCGAGCUCGUUGAGCCGAUUGAUUCAUGUAUAAUACAUAAUGAGGU